AUGAACCAGUCCACCAUCACGAACCUCCACAAGUCCACCAACUGCCCCACCAUGAACCAGUCCACCAUCACGAACCUCCACAACAACUGCCCCACCAUGAACCAGUCCACCAUCACGAACCUCCACAACCACUGUCACCCCACCAUGAACCAGUCCACCAUCACGAACCUCCACAACCACUGCCCCACCAUGAACCAGUCCACCAUCACGAACCUCCCACUGCCCCACCAUGAACCAGUCCACCAUCUGAACCUCCCACAACCUCUGCCCCACCAUGAACCAGUCCACCAUCACGAACCUCCACAACCUCUGCCCCACCAUGAACCAGUCCACCAUCACGAACCUCCACAACCACUGUCCCCACCAUGA